AUGAAGCGUCCUACCUUUCUACCGGCGGCGCAACUCCGGAGUAUGGACAGCGCGGAUCUAAUAGAGGAUUUGGCCGGUGGAAGAGGAUCGGGGGAGAUUGUGUGUCCGGAAAGGACGUCAGAAUUAACAUCACGACAUAUUGGAUCGGGAAGCGUUGGUGAAUAUUCAUCCACGUCCGAGCUCGCCGCAGAUUAUAAAGGAGGAAAGCGGCCAAUACCAACACAUGGCCAUUUGCCUUUGAAAGUUAACGAGGAUAUCGUCGUCGGCGAGAAACGACGCCCUAACCGCCCCAGCAACAUAUCUCAGAACAGCAUCAACAACCCCGACCCGUUUGUGAUGGGCAAGAAGGGUUUCAGGUCGGACACGAAACCAAGAGAUCAACAUGAGGCAGUCGAAGUAGUGUCUUCGAACGCGAGAGCAAAGAGCGCAAAGGAGACCGCGGCUAGACCGCCACGGUACAGGAAGCCAGAAAUGGCGAUGGCCAAGGACAGAGAGAAGUAUCGGGUGGAUGAGCUGCAUAUACCGGAUUGGAGCGGUGGGGUGGACGUUCCCGCGGAGCCAGGUUCGGCACAUCAUGGCACAGACGUCGAUUCGGCAAAUUUGGGUUUGAAGUCGAAAGCCGGGGCCGAGACCCGUCAGCCGACAAAACUGGUAAACGGUGUGCCACGUGAAGAGCCACAAGAUCCGAAACGCAGAGCCCCACGACCAAAUAUCGAUGACAUACAAACGAAAACGACAGCUGUCUUCCAAAAUCGCCAUGACGGCCGCAAAAAGGCCUGCCCGCCUGAACGACCGGUUAUAUCUUGCAAUCACGCAUCGCAGGAGUCGCUUCGUUCCCCAGCUUCAGAUGGCAGUUUGAACGACGAGCUUCAGGUUUUGACACUCGACCGCAUCAAACCGACGGAAGGGCGGCCCAAGAAAGGGCCUUCUGCAGAUUCAAACCCGCCUCUUCAACUGGUUGCUAUACCGGACGCGAUCCCAUUGGGAAACAUCGAUAACCUCAUUAUGCCGGACCAGGACCGCCCAUUAUUACCAUCGCGUGGGAAGGCCCAGAGCACGCGCCCAAAAACGACCCGCACCACAUCAGAGAAGACCACAGCGGCACGUGCGACAUCUGUUCCAAAAGCGCCUAGGAAAGCAAAGAUCGUGCAUGCAGGCGGCGUUGCAGAAAAUGACGCGCCGGAGAGGAGACGUACUAGGGCGGCUUGUCGUGCUGAAGGAAUCAAGCCGGUGGUGAAGAUUUCGUGGGGCGGGCCAACUGUUACUUCAUUUGAGAGUAUCGAGUGA